CCUCGAAGUCACUGACAUAUAGUACAACCAACCAAUGGCCCAAUGCUGCACCUCAUCAAACACCUAAUCCAGCGCAUCUGGAGAAGACCCGCGACACUCGCCUUCUCCUUCGUCACCGUCUGCCUCAUCGUGCCUUUAUUCCUCUACCAUCUCCUCGCCUACUACCUCGCCAACGACCCCCGUCUCGUCCCCAGCGCAUUCCGCACCGCUAAGAAUAUCCUCCUGGUCACAGCGCAUCCAGACGAUGAAACCCUCUUCUUCAGCCCGAGUAUACUCUAUCGCAGUGACGAUGCGACCGUGACCCGGGCUUUGCUGGCGCUUUCGUCCGGCAACUACGAAGGCAUCGACGACAUCCGCCACACCGAACUCCAACGCAGCUGUGCCGAACUGGGGAUUGGACCCAAGAGAUGCGUGAACCUCGAUCACUACGAGCUCCAGGAUAAUCCCCAGAAAUGGUGGAGGGAAAAUCUAAUCGAGGAGCUUGUGGGGCAGUACAUCAUCACGUUCGAUAAUGGGGGUAUAUCCGGCCAUGUUAAUCAUCGGGCGGUUAGUGCUGGUGUUAGUAAAUAUAUAUCCAAAAUCCCACAAAGCCCACCGGCAUACGCACUGCAGACAAAAUGCCUACUACGGAAGUACGCCGGUCUAGCUGAUUUAAUUCCGACAUCAAUGUCCUUUUCAGGACGCAUUCUGCGGGCGCUUGUAUCGGCCCCACCGGAAUAUGAGGGAGUCAAAGUCAAAAUCGAGAAUGGGAAGAGUGGUAAGAUGCAGGAUCCACAUGAGGAUAAGGCGCUGUUGGUUAGUAACUGGCGGACGUAUUUCCAGGCGCGAAGGGCGUUUAGUCAACAUGAAAGUCAGUAUUGUUUUGAUCGGAACGUCGUUGGGCCGCUAUAG